GGCGAGAGGCUGCAGAUCCGACAAUAUGAUUAUCACUCACACAAUGCAAAUCGGGUCUGGCCCGGAACAUUUAAUCUUGCCGAGUAUUUACUGAACGCGAGGCAUGGGGAAGGCCUUCUUAAUUGGGGUGCGGUUUUAGAACUCGGCACUGCGACUGGGUUACUAGCUAUUCGCUUAGCCCUGGUAUCGACCCAGCAUUCACAAGACAGAACUUCCGUUGUUUAUUGUGAAUCAAUCGUCACAAGCGAUGUCGAGGACGAACGUGGGGAGGUUGCCGAAAAUAUCGCCUUCAACUAUCGACUCAACCGCAUUGAGAAGCCGCCCCCACAUGUACCCCAUACCUGGGGCACGGGUUGGAAAACUUCCAUGGAGAAGGCAGGCCUCGACUCAGGUACAUCUUUUGAUACAAUUAUUGCCAGUGACAUUUUGCUGUACGUCAGUGCAUACCCGGCAUUGGUGGAAACACUUGAAGAGCUUAUUCCGCCAGAUUCCAACUCGAAAUUCAUCAUGAGUUGGAAUAGACGGAUGAAGGAAAGUCAAGAAUUCUUUGACAGAAUCAAAAAAGUGGGGUUCGAUUGCACGCAUGAAGGCAAAUGCAUAUACAUUUUCAAGCGAACAUAG